AUGAGCAUAAGGAAGCCAGCCUGCCUGUUCCUCCCCCUUCCUAAUCAUAGCCUUUACUCACAGACAAAACUCCCUCCCUCUCUCAUUCACUCACUCACUUUAGGCCAAUCCGUCCUCUCUCUCUCUCUCCCUCUCUCUGUGUCUCUCUCCUACUCUGAGACAGAGUCAGAACUCUUCUCCCUGACAGCCACAAACAUCUACAGCACUUAUUGCAUUCAGAGUGGGAACCUGCAAACAAAACUUCACAGAAAACUUUUGGUUCUUGUUCCAGAGAAUUUGCUGAAGAGAAGGAAAAACAAACAAACAAACAAACAAACUAAACCAGCCCCCAAAAAAACUGUUCGUGAAGGGGGAGGAAAAGCAGGGCCUUUUAAAAAGGGAAUCACAACAACUUUUGCUGCCAGGAUGCCUUUGCUUUGGAAGAGAGGAUUUCUGUUGGUGCUUUGCUGGAUUAUAGUGAGGAGUUCCCCAACCCCAGGAUCCGAGGGGCACAGUUCAGUCACUGACUGUCCAUCAUGUGCCCUUGCCACGCUCUCAAAGGAUGUGCCCAGCUCACAGCCUGAGAUGGUGGAAGCAGUAAAGAAGCACAUACUGAACAUGUUGCACUUGAGGGACAGACCUAAUAUCACCCAGCCAGUGCCCAAGGCAGCACUUUUAAAUGCCAUCAAAAAACUCCACGUGGGAAAGGUGGGAGAGGAUGGUUAUGUGGAAAUAGAGGAUGAUGUUGGAAGAAGAGCCGAAAUGAAUGAAGUUGUGGAGCAAACCUCAGAAAUCAUCACUUUUGCGGAAUCAGGCACAGCCAAGAAAAUGUUGCACUUUGAGAUUUCCAAGGAAGGCAGUGAAUUAUCGGUGGUGGAGCAUGCUGAAGUGUGGCUCUUCCUGAAGGUCUCCAAGGCCAACCGGAGCAGGACAAAAGUCACCAUCCGCCUGUUUCAACAGCAGCGGCAGCCAAGAGGCAAUUCUGAAGGAGCAGAAGAUACAGAGGAUGGGGGGCUGAAAGGUGAAAAGAGUGAGACUUUGAUUUCAGAAAAGGCAGUGGACACCCGUAAGAGUACUUGGCACAUCUUUCCUGUCUCCAGCAGUGUCCAGAGACUCUUGGACCAAGGGAAGAGUUCUUUGGAUGUGCGGAUUGCCUGUGACCUGUGUCAAGAGACUGGAGCCAACCUGGUGCUACUGGGCAAGAAGAAGAAAAAGGAAGAUGAUGGGGAAGGGAAAGAAAAGGAAGCUGGAGAAAUCACAGGAGAAGAGGAGAAGGAGCAAUCACAUCGGCCCUUCUUAAUGAUGCUAGCCCGGCACUCAGAGGAUCGCCAGCACAGGCGACGAAGACGAGGCCUGGAGUGUGAUGGCAAAGUCAACAUCUGCUGCAAGAAGCAGUUCUUUGUCAGUUUCAAGGACAUAGGAUGGAGUGACUGGAUCAUUGCUCCUACAGGUUAUCAUGCCAACUACUGCGAAGGAGAGUGUCCCAGCCAUAUAGCAGGCACAUCUGGUUCAUCGUUAUCUUUCCACUCCACUGUCAUUAACCACUACCGCAUGCGGGGCCAUAGCCCCUUUGCCAACCUCAAAUCAUGUUGUGUGCCCACCAAGCUCCGGCCCAUGUCCAUGCUCUACUACGAUGAUGGCCAGAACAUCAUUAAGAAAGACAUACAGAAUAUGAUUGUGGAGGAGUGUGGCUGUUCGUAGAUGCUAGUGUGCACAAGACCCUUCUUGUUAAGUAGAAAACAUAUGAAAAGCCCAAGAAGAGGAAAGACCAGACAUGUAUAAUCUUUUUGAGUGAAACAAUCAUCAGAAAUAUAAGCAAAAACAGAAGAGAGCAAGAAAAGGGAGAGAGAGGAAAAAAAAAAAAAAAAAAAAAGACUUACAGAGGACCAGAAAAGACUUCAGCUACAAAAAAGGAAGAAAACAUCCUGAAGCCGGGCUUGAACAAGAUAGGUCUGAAAGGUGGUAUGGAUUGGGGAUUUCCCCUUUCCUUCAGUAUGCUCCUUAUCUUGUCACAUAGUAUACUAAACAUUAGUUACUACUAGGGGAAGGAAGUUCUGUUCUCUCCCUUAGUUACCCAUCAGGUCAAGCCAUGGUAGCAGCUUAUCCAACCUGCAGAAAUUUGGAAAAAGUCCAAAAGGUUAAUGAAAAGCCAAGUGUAUGAUCACUGCAGUCACUGGCGCUUCCCCCCACAUUUACAGAGCAACUGAGUAGGUGUUUGUGUUUGUAUAUAUAUGGCUAUGUAUUUAUAUACAUGUCUCUAUAAAUACAGACACAAUACACAUACUUAACAUUGAUCAAGGGUCAAUAGUGUGCAGGUGUGUACACCUUCAUCUUCUGCACUACAUUUACAAAACAAAAAAAAAGAAGAAAAAAGAAAAGAGAAAAAUGAAGAAAAAAAACAGAACAAAAAAUUAAUGAAAGAAUAAGUUACAUUCUGUAAAGGUGCUUACAAUGUUAGAACUAUGCAACCUAGAUGGUUUGAAACUGUUUACCUGUGAGAGGAAGAAAAAAAAGAGAGACUUUUUUUUUUUUUUAAUGGAAGUAACUUGUUUUAAAAAAAAAUCUUUGGUGAGAGAUACUUGAAAGGAACAUGUUUGUCCAGUUACUGGAAUCAAACAUUUCUAUAUUUUGUAAAAAAAUUUUUAAUCGUUUACUAUUUGCACUACAAUGGUGUCUGACCUGUCUAAUCCUUAUUUAACAAAUAUUUGCAAGGGAGGGUGGUUGGGUGUGGGAGGGGUUGAGAGCUGCACUUAUUGUGAGCUAUACAAGAACUGCUACAGCACACAGAAUAGCUAUUUUUAUUAUUAUAAUAAUUAUUAUUAUUUUGUACCUUAAAAUGAAUAGACACAUACACCAAAGACAUUCAUGCAAGCCUCUAUAAAGUCUGUUUGUGGUUGGUACCAUUCACCUGUAAUGAGUUAGGGUUUAAAUUAAGAGUCAGUGGGUUGAUUGCAUUCAGGCUAGAAUAUCUGUUAGCCAGUUAAAUUCAAAUAGUGCCCUCAACAAAAAAAUCACCAUUUGAAGUAAGCCCAGAAAAUCUCUGGGAUUUGGAUCCAAGGUGCUUGGAUCUGAGGUUCAUCUGAACAUAAUCAUACUGUUUUGUAUGUAGAACACUAAACUUGGCCCUGAUGCACAGAAAAUGUGCAUUGUAGGGAAACAACUUUGUCCAAGGGAUAUACAUAUAUAUGUAUAUAUUUCUGUAUGUAUAUAUGUAUGUAUACACAAGGUAUAAGCAUUUCUGGCUUCAUUUUACUGUUCUUAAAACAAUGAAUGUUUGUGUGCAAAGCACAGUAUGUUAAAAGAUUUUUUUUGUUUCUUACUGCUAGGUGGGAGGCUACAUGUUAAAAUGGUAUUUGUGCAAGAGAAACCUAAAGUGCUGGUAUUUGUGCAAGAGAAACCUAAAGUGCUGAUACACACUUAAAAUGUUGAUGUAAAAUUGCAAGCAGCCUUGGGCCCUGUCCACCAUUGCUCCUGCAAAUAUACAGAAAAAGGCAAUUGUGGUUGGAUUUCUGUUCGAAAUACAGUCUUUGCUGAAAUACUGGCUUUCUCAACCACCACCCUCUAGCAUGACAACUCUUAAUGGGUUUGCAUGUUACCUGUAAGACCCAAUUUUCAGUGUCAACACCUAACCUGAAGGGUCCAAUUCGUAGGGCAUAGGUAGAUAGCAGUUUUUAAAAAAAAUUUCGCUGUCAUAUUUAAAAGAAUGUUAAACUUACAUUUGUCUUUGGGUAGAGGGAGAUGAUAAGAGAGAAUGGGAGAAACCUUUAGGCCCUGUUUACACUGAAUUUGAUAACCCUGAGCCUAAGUUUCAGAGUCUCAUAGGUUUGCUGAACCAAGCCCCAGUUAGCUGCCUUCUGAUGGGACAGGCUUCUAAAUGCCUGUCCUGGAAAGAAGUACUAACAUGGCUCCCUGUCUUGUCAAGAGCACAGUCUGUUAAAAAAAAAAAAAAUUUAAAAAAAAAAAAAAAAGAAAAAGAAAAAAAAGAAAAAAGCACAAUAUAACCCAGUCACACUGGCUAGGGAUAGUGUGUUAGCACCUUCAUGGCAAGAACCAUGUUUAAACAGUGUAAUCAGGGCCUUCAUUUUUUGUCAGCCAAAACUGUUUGUGUGUGCAUGUGUGCGUGUGUGUUCUCUGCGUGUGCAUAUGCGCAUGGGCGCAUGUCUGUAUUUGUCUGUAUCUAUAGAGAUAAAAAUGAAAAGGGAAAAAAAAUAAAAAAAAAAUAGCCCUUUCCUCUGUUGAAUAGAUACCAACGUACAUGCAUAUAGCUAAGUUUUCUAUCUAAUUUAUUCCACAAUAUUUAGAUUGCAUAGUACAGCUAAUCGGUUAUACAUUUAUGUACUUUUUAUACAACACAGUUUUUUACAGACUUGUUUGCAAUUUGUAAAAAAAAAUGAAAAAUAUAAUUGGUUAAACACUAGAUUUGUUACUAAAGUGUUCUGUAAAAUAUCAAGGCUUUCUGAUCUAAAUGAUUUGCAGAAGUUUGUUGGGUUUUUUGUGUUUUCUUCCUGGGGAAAGGGAGGGAUACCAAAUGCUAGCAGGAAAAAUAUCAGGAAAAAAAAAUUAUGCACAACUAAUUUAUCUUUAUAACUUUAACAAAGUUCCUGGCCCUGCUUAUUUGAAGCAUGUGGCAGAAUUUCUGUAGAUUUUUCUAGAAGCAGAGCCAGCCUUUGGAACAGCAGGAGCAGGGACACAAUCUGUGAGAGUUGUUGAGGAUACCAUUUAGUUCACUGGUCUUUGUACUUGGCCUUAAAAUUGGGUGCUCCACAACUCUUAUUUAUAUCAUCAGAUGUCCCAGAAUGGUUAGUCAUGCUAACAGGCUCUUUGAUGUCAACUGGUCUCCUUAGAAGAUCAGUAAAACUACUUACAUGAGUAAAGUUUUGCCAGGGUGAAUCACAGGUUCCUUGUGCUGUGGGCACUGUCAAGGGAGAGAAAGGAUUCUGAGUGAAUGGCACCACAGCCAUUGAUCCAGUUAUUUGAAUGAGGCUGUUUGUAUUACAGUGUAUCUCUGAACACAGUGCUAAGGAAAACAGGUCAGAUGGCUCACACUGAUAAAAUUUAUUCUCAACAGUGAUUAGUUAGAGAGUAUUGGAGACCUGAAAUCCCUGAACCUUCCCCUAGAUGACAAUGGCAAAACUCCCACUGGCUACUAGAAAAGUAGACUUAGAAAAACUCAUGUUUUUUUCUGGCUAAAGGAGAAAAAUCCUUUAAAAAUAAUUCUGAUCUUGAAUUUGAUAUCAGAUUUAAUGUGAUGAAUAGGGACUGGCCUGAAAAACAUGAAACUAGUCUGAGACAACUUCCAAGUGAGGAAAGAAAAUAGUAUUUUAGAUAUUGUGAGCAUGUUUCAUGAUAGCUACACCAAAAACAGAAGAAA